AUGGAAUGUUUAAUUGGAAUUCAAGGCAAAGACUUCGUUCUUCUAGCUACUGAUACAAUAUCAGCGCGCAGUGUUGUGGCAAUGAAAAAUGAUCAUGACAAGAUGUACAAACUGAGUGACAAUCUAUUGAUGGCUGUUUGUGGUGAAUCUGGAGACACUAUUCAGUUCUCAGAGUACAUUGCAAAAAAUGUACAACUUUACAAGAUGAGAAAUGGUUAUGAGCUUUCACCCCACGCAGCAGCCAACUUCACACGCAGAAAUAUGGCAGAGAGCUUGCGUUCUCAGCGGAGUCAGAUGGUGAAUCUUCUGAUUGCUGGCCACGACAAAGUAGAUGGGCCAUCCUUGUACUACCUUGAUUACCUGGCAUCUUUAAACAAGCUACCCUUCGCCAUCCAUGGCUAUGGCAGUCUCUUUGCUCUGAGCAUAAUGGACAAAUAUUACCUAAAAGAUCUGGACUUUGAUGCGGCAAAAGAUCUGCUGAUCAAAUGCUUAAAUGAGAUUCAGAAGAGGUUUAUUGUCAACCUGGGAAGGUUUCGCUUGCGCGUGGUUGACAAAGAUGGCAUCCACGACAAGGGAAUGGUCCAUGCAGAACCAGAUGAGUCAACAAAGUAA